AUGUUAAAGGAAAACUACACAGCAGUGACUGAGUUUAUUCUCCUGGGACUGACGGAUCGCGCGGAGCUGCAGCCUGUCCUUUUCGUGGUGUUCCUCAUCAUCUACCUGGUCGCGGUUGUCGGCAACGUGAGCAUGAUUUUGUUAAUCAGAAGUGACUCGAGACUUCACACUCCCAUGUACUUCUUCCUCAGUCACCUCUCCUUCCUGGAUUUCUGUUACACCACCACCAUCGCUCCUCAGAUGCUGGUUAAUUUCUUAUCCAAGAGAAAAACCAUAUCUGCCAUUGGUUGUUUUAUACAAUUCCACUUUUUCAUUACCCUGGUGAUCACAGAUUAUUAUAUGCUCACAGUGAUGGCUUAUGACCGCUACGUGGCCAUCUGCAAGCCCUUGCUAUAUGGUCUCAGAAUGUCCAGAUGUGUGUGCAUCUCUCUCGUUGCUAUUUCUUAUGUUUAUGGCUUUGCAAAUGGUCUGGUACAGACCGUCCUGAUGCUUCGUCUCUCUUUCUGUGGACCCAAUGAAAUCAACCACUUUUACUGUGCGGACCCACCUCUGUUAGUCCUUGCCUGCUCAGAUACCUACGUCAAAGAAACUGCCAUGUUUGUGGUGGCGGGUUCCAACCUCACCUGCUCUCUCACCUUGAUUCUCAUCUCCUACAUUUUCAUUUUCACAGCCAUUUUGCGUAUUCGCUCUGCUGAGGGGAGGCGCAAGGCCUUCUCCACCUGUGGGUCCCAUUUGACGGCUGUCACUAUCUUCUAUGGGACACUGUUCUCCAUGCAUCUUAGGCCUCCUUCUGAGGCAUCUGUAGAACAGGGGAAAAUUGUGGCUGUGUUUUAUAUCUUUGUGAGUCCUAUGUUAAAUCCUUUGAUCUAUAGCUUGAGGAACAAAGAUGUUAAAGAAGCAAUAAGGAAAGUUGUCCAAAAGAAAUUGUUGGAUAAAUAA